AGGGGGAGGGGAGGGAAGGUUAGAGAUGAGGAGUCAGAGGUAGGGCGAGCGCAGGGACCCCGCACCCCAGGUCGACGCCGUCGGAGAAGAAAAGGAGCGGGCGGCUCCCUCCCCUCGCUCGGGGAGUCUGCAGACGGACUGAUGCCCUCCCCGCCCCCUCCCCCAGGAGGCCCAGGGUGGUACCGCCGCAGCCUCGCCUCACCUCACCCCCCCUCGGUGUUGUGGGAGGGAUAGGAGCCCCAGAAGCCCUCCCUUCCCUCCUCCCCCCUCCUCCCCCCACCCCGGGGAGGGCCGCUACAAUUUGUGGUUACAGCUUUACACGUCAGAAAAAAAAAAAAAAAAGUUUGCAGAAUGUCCCACACCGAAAAAAAAAAAAAAUCCGAAACCGAGCGAAAAAAACCUGCGAGUGGGCCUGGCGGAUGGGAUUAUUAAAGCUUCGCCGGAGCCGCGGCUCGCCCUCCCACUCCGCCAGCCUCCGGGAGAGGAGCCGCGCCCGGCCGGCCCGGCCCCCAGCCCCAUGGACCUCCGAGCAGGGGACUCGUGGGGGAUGCUAGCUUGCCUGUGUACUGUCCUCUGGCACCUCCCUGCAGUGCCAGCCCUGAAUCGCACAGGGGACCCGGGGCCUGGCCCCUCCAUCCAGAAAACCUACGACCUCACCCGCUACCUGGAGCACCAACUCCGCAGCUUGGCUGGGACCUACCUGAACUACCUGGGCCCCCCUUUCAACGAGCCUGACUUCAACCCACCUCGGCUGGGGGCAGAGACCCUGCCCAGGGCCACCGUCAACCUGGACGUGUGGCGAAGCCUCAACGACAAACUGCGCCUGACCCAGAACUAUGAGGCCUACAGCCACCUGCUGUGCUACCUGCGAGGCCUCAACCGCCAGGCGGCCACGGCUGAGCUGCGCCGCAGCCUGGCCCACUUCUGCACCAGCCUCCAGGGCCUGCUGGGCAGCAUCGCAGGGGUCAUGGCGGCUCUGGGCUACCCUCUGCCCCAGCCUCUGCCCGGCACUGAGCCCACCUGGGCCCCUGGCCCUGCCCACAGCGACUUCCUCCAGAAGAUGGACGACUUCUGGCUGCUGAAGGAGCUGCAGACCUGGCUGUGGCGCUCAGCCAAGGACUUCAACCGGCUCAAGAAGAAGAUGCAGCCUCCCGCGGCUGCAGUCACCCUGCACCUGGAGGCCCGCGGCUUCUGACCUCUGACCUUCGCCACCUCCCCACUCCCCUGCUCCUUCAAACCCUGCGCCCGCUCGGGGAGGGAGAAACCUGUAUGCCAACACUCGUUGAGCCAGGAGACAGAAGCCAUGAGCCUCUGGCCCUCUCCGGACUUGAAAGAGGGUGUGAUGCAAUAAGGCCUGUCCCCUCCCUGCUUCCCAAAGUCGUGCAGGUCUGGGGAAGAGGUGCAAUAGGCCCUGUCCCAUCGCCACAGGAAGGAAUGCUCACGGGAGCCCCAAGGGGCUCAAGUUGGUGCAAAGGCUCUCCCAGCUUCCUGCGUCCUGCCCAGCACUGGCCAGCACCCCACUGCCCCUCCAGUGGCACUCCCGGGAAGCGUGCCUGUAGGGCAGGGAGGGUGGCCACCACAGCAUGUGCCUUUCUGGGGUGAAGCCCUUCGGCUGCCCCACUCUUCUUCGAUGGGUGUUGUUCCCCUGUCCCCAAAUAACUCAGUACAUCCGAUUCAGGAAACGUACACAGUGGCAAGUCCAAACAGGAAAAAAUGGGAUUUAAAAGUGGAAGAGGAAGGGUCUGCAUUGGAGGUGGUACUGAAAGCAUAGGGCCAGGCACAGACCGGACCCAGGGGUCACCAAGGCAGUCGGUGGUACAGGAUGGCAGCCAAAAGGACCUUGCCUUGCAUCUUGUCGCCGGCAUCACGGUGCCUCCUCCCCACCCCGUUUCCAGGCUGGCUGUGGGUUGCCCAGGCUGGGGAGGGCAACAGUAGCCACAGCCACGGGGUUCCCUGAAAGUUUACAUUGCAGUAGCAUUGCGGGGGGCAGCCCCCCCAGGCCCUGCCCCCCAGCCUCACCCACUCAUGACUCUAAGUUUGUUGUAUUAAUAUUUAUUUAUUUGGAGAUGUUAUUUAUUAGAUGAUAUUUAUUGCAGAAUUUCUAUUCUUGUAUUAACAAAUAAAAUGCUUGCCCCAGGACUUCAUCUCUUUGCUGGGCCUUGCUCCUCCUCCUGGCCCUUCUCCUCCUGGGCUCCCGCGCCCCCACGGGCUCGGAGCCUGCCAGUCCAAGGGGUAGCUCGGAGAGGCAAAGAACUUGGGGAAGAGGCUCUGCCCUGUCCACAGGGAGGGUGUGCACGCAGCACACUCUGUUCCUCCACCCAUGGCGUGUUCCUUUAGUCCUUCCACCAUCUUGCCUGCCCCCUCCCAGCCUUUGCUCAGCCCGCCUCACCUCUCAAGAUUAUUUUAAGGGUCUCGUAGGUCUGUCUCCCUAAGCCAUCCACCUGUCCCUCCGGUCAGCCAUGCACAGUCAGCCCUCAGCUUCGCCAGUCCUCCCACCCCCGUGGCAGCCCACUGGGGCCCCCAGCUGUGACCUUCACCUCAAUACCCUUCCUCUCCUGGGGAGCGUGACUGACUGCGGCCAAGUCGCAAGUCUCAGCUGUGGCUCUACUCCUUUCUUUCCAGGGUAAGUCAGCAGGUUAGGGGGAAAGAGAAAAACUCAGAUUGGUCUGCAAGCGAAUGGGGUAGAUGCUAUUCAAGGGAUGAUCUCAGCUCCAAGCCCAGCCUCGAAGCCUCCUAGAGUGACUUUGGGCAAGUUACUUAAACUCUCUAUUCUCCGUUUUCCCCAUCUGUAAAAUGGGGAUGAUGAAACAGCCGUCUAAGAUUGUUUGAAGGAUGAGAGAAACAAUAAAGGUGAGGUGCCUGGCCACAGCAGCAGGGAUUAGUAAUCAGGUGACAUGGGACGUGGGACAGAUCGGCCUGCCGGGACACUUUAGCGAAGACCGCGGAGUAAGUUGGGCUGACUGCUCCCAGCUAACACAGGUAUUUUACCAGGAGAUGGUGCCCUAAGCAAAGGAAGUAACAAAUGAUGGUCCUGUCAAGCAAUCUACAAAUACUUUAAAGACCUGCCCAUCAUUACGCUAACUGGAGUAGGAAAUCCAAGAGAAGUCUGAGACCUAACUUGGCUCCUGCCCUGACGGAGCCUGUGAUCCAUCUGGGGAGAGAAGACCGUCGGUAGAAACUACCGUCGGUAGAAACUACCGCCGGGUGCGUGAGUGUAGGUGCAAGAGCUACUGGACUUGCUUAUGGUCGAGCCGGGUUCUGCUGACUGUCCCACAGUCACCUGGCCCAAGUUGGAGGGGACAUGCCCCAUAGAGGGGUCCAGGCUCUUUGGGCAGGGACAUCUGCCCUGGCUCUGGCUAGAUAUCCUGUAGGCCUGCUUCCUGUCUAACAAGAUAGGAAGGAGAGGGCAUCUGGGCUGUCUCCACGCUGGGGCAAAAUGAGUAGCAGCCUGUCAGGUGUAAGGCACCAAGCAAGGGGCUAUACAGAAUACCGGGAGAAGGAAGGCAUGUCCCACACUCCUGUACUGCGAGCUUCUUGGGGGCCGACUUUGAGUUUUCCCCAUCUCUCUAUCCCAGGUCAGGCGCAAGCCCAAAGAAGGUGUUCAAUUAGCGUGUUGAACCAAACCACGUAGAAAAGGGAUCCCUUGCCCCAAAUGCUAAACUCCAAGGCAGAAUUUGAUUAGCUGCGGAAAGACCCGGAUGAAAUCCCCGGGAGACAGGGAAGGCAGGCUGGCAUCCCUCCGCUGGGGGUGCUGAUCUGUAAGCCUCACGGGAAGGCAAUGGUGUCUGCCACCACCGCCGUCCUUCCAGUGCCCAACACACAGCAGGUGCCGCUGCAUGGCCUCUCCAGGUAGGGUUUGGGCGAGGGCAGGACAAGGGUCAGUUCAGUGCGUCUGUCUCCCUUUUAAGCGGAUAGCAUCUCGAGGGCACGUUCCAUAAUUUAUUCGUCUUUGCAUCCCUACAGCAUUUUAGCACAAUGCCUGCACCGAAGUAAAGUACUUGCGAAUUUAACGUAAGCUGAUUUAAAGAGUGUCAAGCAAUAGUGUGUGAGAAGUUAAGAGAAGUGAGUUUUUGGGAGGCCACCGAUCAACAGUGUCAGAGGCCCCAGAAGCCCUGGGGGAAGAAUUCGGGGGGAAACCCACUGAGAAAUCAGGAAGUCACAGGUGACCUUUGCAAGAGCAGUUGGGAGGCAGACGCCAAAUUGUGAGAUUAAAGGAGGUGGUGAGAAAGAAGAAGGGGUAAGUGUAUUCUCCCGGGCUUUGGUGGCAAAAGGAAUACCUAGAUGGGUAGCAGGAGCACUGAUGUAUGGGUUGGCUGGUUUGCUGUUGUUUCAAACAGAGAGAUCUAAAGACGAAAUUGCUGUGGGAGGGGUGGCAGCUGGAGAAGAAUGUAGAGAGCCUUAGGGAAUGGAAUCAGGGACAAGCAGAGGAAGGGAAUCAAAAUCGUUGCUGGGCAGCCUCGUGGAGCCAGGUGACAUCAGCACACGCAUCUCUGUCAUGGGCUGUGACAUUCUCCAUCAAGCCACAGAUGGCCAGAGGCGAGGACAGAGAGAAGACAGGGUGCUUCCCAUGGCCCAAGGACUGAUAAAGCAGGAAUGGCAGAGAAUUGAGGGUUGGUUGAGACUCCAGAGGGUUAGGAAUGGUGCUUUUGAACACCAUUUGAACACAGGGCAGGUAGCAGAGGGAAAGGGAGGAGAGUGACCGGGAAGGGUGGGCAAGUGCUGGAGGUGGCUCCCGUGGAAGAUGCAGAGGGGGCACCCCCAGCAGCAAGGUGGGAGAGGUAGACACAGAGGAGAACCGAGCCAGAAAGGGCAUUUCAGAGUUCUUGAACUCUCCCCCAAAUAGCUCCCUACUGAUGGUGUCGGGGUGUGAGUCCCCCCUUUGGGUUUUGGAGCUGUGGACCAAGAGGUAGGUAGCUCUUGGUAAAGGACAAGUCAUCAGGCUUUUCUCUGAAUUUGUUUGUUAUUGGUUCUCCACCCACGGCAGCUCCAGGAGGGGUGAUGAGUUAGUGGUGGUUAUCCCAGGUCCCACCUUUUAAGUAUGGCCUGAGAGUCAGGGGCCCAGGGAUGCAGAGGUCAGCUUAAGAACCUGGAA